UCCAGGGGGAAAGAAGCACCCAUCCCUUGCAGUGGCUCUGGGAGCUGGGAAAUUGCAGGGAUUGAACCCCUCUCCUUUGUUUUGUGUGCAGGCCCAAUGGAGCAGGGAGGCUGGCAGCCAUGGCUGCUGCUGCUGGUGGGCAUCCAGCUGGCCAGUAGCCAGUGCCCAGAGCAGUGCCAGUGUGUCCGCAGCGCCCAGGUGGAGUGCUUUGGUGCCGACAUCACCACGGUGCCCAGCCCCAUCCCUGCCAACGCCAUGACCCUGCAGAUCAUCAACACGCGCAUCGCCGAGCUGGGCGACGCCGCCUUCGGCAACGCCUCCCUGCUGAUCGGGCUGCGCGUCGAGAAGAACAUCCUGUCACGCAUCAGCCCAGGGGCCUUCCAGAACCUGCCCGACCUGCGCUACCUCAGCCUGGCCAGCAACAAGCUGCAGGAGCUCCCUGUGCAGGUUUUUGAGCCUCUGGACAAGCUGGAGUCUCUGCUCCUCUCCAGCAACCAGAUCCUCCAGGUCGAGCCUUCCCACUUCGCCCAUCUGAGCAACCUCAAGGAGCUGCAGCUGCACGGGAACAACCUGAAGGAGCUGCAGGAGGGGGUGUUUGACCAGCUGACCAGCCUCACCAAGCUCAACCUGGCCAGGAACAACAUCGACCGCCUGCCGCCCCGGGCCUUCGAGCGGCUGGCGCGGCUGCAGGUGCUGAGGCUCUACGAGAACCGGCUCCGGCACAUCCCGGUGGGCACCUUUGAUGGGCUGCCGGAGCUGCAGGAGCUGGGGCUGCACCAGAACCAGCUGGAGACACUGUCCCCGGAGCUCUUUGUGCACAACACCAACCUGCAGAAGCUCUACCUGUCCAACAACUUCCUCACCACUCUGCCAAGCGGCAUCUUCCUGCCCCUGCACGCUCUCGCCAAGAUCACCCUGCACGUCAACCGCCUGCGGGACAUCUCCCCCAGUGCCUUUGGGCCUAUGCCCAACCUACAGGAGCUCUGGCUUUAUGAGAAUGAGCUCUCCACCCUCCCCACUGCCGUCUUCAGCAACCUCACCCAGCUGCAGCUCCUGGUUCUCAGCAAGAACAGGCUGCGGUCGGUGGCACCGGGGGCAUUCCAGGGCUUGGGAGAGCUGCUGGAGCUGUCGCUGCACUCCAAUGCCCUGCGCCGCCUGGAUGCCCGGGCACUGGAGGGGAUGCCCAAGCUGCAGAACAUCUCUCUGCACCAUAACCAGCUGCAGGCACUGCCACGGGGCCUCUUCAAGGCCACCCCUGGGCUGCGGCACCUGCAGCUGCACUCCAAUGCCCUGGAGUUCCUGCCCGCUGGAAUCUUCUCCCCGCUGACUGCCCUGCGAGAGGUGAGGCUGCACAACAACUCCUGGCGCUGCGACAAGGGCAUCCUGCCCCUGCAGGGCUGGGUGGAGGAGAACCCUCACAAGGUGGGUGAGAUCCCCCCGCUGUGUGCCCAGCCUCCCGCCCUGCAGGGCAUCCCCAUUGCCGGGCUGACACAGGACCAGUUCCUCGACCCCCAGGCCCCCACUGCUGCUCCUCAUCCCAGCACCCUGCUCCCUGCUGACACCUCUGAGGCAGCAUCAGAUGAUGCCUCAGCAGCAGAAGAUGCCUCAAUGGAGCCCCCCACAGGGCUGCCCGCCUCCCCACAGGAGGAUGAGGAGGAGAAGAAGGAGGAAGAAGAGAGGGGGCAGUGGGGGCUGACACGCCUGCAGAGUGGCGUGGUGAUAGCAGUCAUCGUGCUGGUGUGUGUGGCCCUGCUGGCUGCUCUGGUGGCACUGGUUGUCUAUGGCUGUAGGAAGAAGAGCCACGUUGUGCUCAUGAGGAUGAAGAAAACACUGUCCCAUCUCAGCAAGCAGCAUCCCUGCAAGUCUGCCACAGGUUCGGUGACCGUCCCCGUGAUGCCACACUUGUGCAGGCUGGUGAUCUACGUGUUGCUGGGGCUGGGGCCCCUGCUGGUGGGGGCAUUGUCCCCAUCCUGCCCCCCUACCUGCCAGUGCUAUGACACCUCCAAAGUCUUCUGCUCAAACGAGAAGAUGCGGGGGAUCCCCGAGGGCUUGCCAGGAAGUGCCACCCACCUCUUCUUCGUGGGAACAGACCUGGGCAGCAUCCACAGCGGGGACUUGGGCUCCAGCACCACGCUCACCAAGCUGGUCUUUAUCAAUAACAACAUCCAGGAGCUGGAGCCUGGUGCCUUUCAGGGGCUGCCCAGCCUCACUGAGCUGGAGGUGUCAGGCAACCCCUUGCCAGCUGUCAGCCUCGGGAUGCUGGCAGGGUUGACCAGCCUCAGCAAGCUCUCCCUCAGUGCCAACACCAUCCGCACCCUGCAGCCGGGGCUCUUCACUGCCUCUUGCCGCCUGCAGGACCUGAGCUUGUCAGGGAACAGGAUUGAGGCACUGCCCCCAGGCAUCUUCCGCCCACUCCGGAGGCUCCAGGCCCUGGACCUCUCACAGAAUGCUCUGGCUGAGCUGCCAGAAGGGCUGCUGGCCCCACUUGUCACCCUUCGUGUCCUCAAGCUCAGUGACAACCUGCUGGCACGGGUGCCUCCAGGUGCUUUCAGGGCGCUUGGCCAGCUGACUGAGCUGCGCCUGGAUGGCAACCGGCUGGAGGAGCUGCCCCCCGGCAUCUUCUCCGGGCUGGGGGCGCUGCGGCGGCUGCAGCUGCAGCACAACGCCCUGGGCAGCCUGGCCCCCGACAUCUUCACAGGUCUCCUCAACCUCACUGUCCUCAGCCUGGAGGGCAACAACCUGGCCACUGUGCCUGCCAUCCUGUUCACUGGCACCCCUGGCCUCCUGCACCUCUCGCUGGCUCGCAACCAGCUGGAGACACUGCCCCAGGAGCUCUUUGCUAACCUGUCAGUGCUGGAAACCCUGGAGCUCUCACACAAUGCCAUAGAUCACCUGCCCACCGGGGUUUUCCAGGGGCUGGCAGGGCUGACAGAGCUGCAGCUGAGCCACAACAACCUCUCUAGACUGCCGGCGGGGCUGCUGGCUGGGCUGCCCCUCCUCACCGCCCUGCUGCUGGACCACAACCGCCUGGCCCGCCUGCCCCCGGGGCUCUUCGAUGCCAACGACGAACUGGUGCGCGUGGGGCUGGCUGACAACCCCUGGCUCUGUGACUGCCACCUCUCCUACCUCCUGCGCUGGCUCCAGAGCUUUGCUGAGCCUCUCAUCCACCACCAAGCCUUCUGUGCCAAUCCAGCUGCUCUCCAGGGCCAGUCCCUGCUGGAGGUGUCCCGCGGGCAGCUGGAGUGCCCAGGAGCGCACCGUGUCCCCCCAGAGGAAGGCUGGGACACUGAUGCUCCGGGGCAGUGCACCUACACCGACCCCGAGGGCACCGUGAGCGUGGCCUGCAAUGCCACAGCCUGCCAGCAGCUCAGCCUUCGCCUCCCGCCUCCCGGGCAGGGGCAGGGCCCGGGGGCAGCGUACCGGCGUGCCUGGGUGCUGCGCUCCCGCUGCGGCACGCUGCAGCACGGCAUGGCUCCGGUGGCUGAACUCGUUUGCAAGUGCUCAGCCAAGACAAUGUACCAGUAUUUCCUUUUCCUUUUCCUCCUCUCCUUCAAUCCCCAUAAAUGCCAAGGUCAAAUCCUGGGUGAAGAUCCAUAUGAAAAGCCCAAAGACUACCAGGAGGUCUACAGAGGGACAAAAAAUGAUGUCAAAGAGAUCCCAAAGAUUGCAAAGCCCUUUGUUUCUGAGAUGAUCUUUGUGCAAACGAGCAUCACUUCUAUAAGUAAAGGUGCCUUCAGGUACAUGCCUAACCUGAUCAAGAUUUUGUUCAUUGGCAACAAGAUCAAGACUGUUGAACCUGGAGCCUUUGAUAAUUUGGACAAGUUGAGGGACCUGGACAUCUCUGGUGCCUCAUUAGAAAAACUAUCUGUGGGCACUUUCCAAAACCUCCGAAGUUUACAGAGGCUGGAGCUGAGAGACAGCCAGCUCAGAUCCAUCCCCAAAGGCCUGUUUGAUGGGCUGGAAAGUCUGGGAGAGCUCUCUCUGCACAUCAAUGCAAUCUCUUCUCUUCCAGAAGGCAUUUUUGAUUCUCUUGUCAAUCUAACUUUUUUGGACCUGUCCAGGAACAGGAUCACAACUCUUCCUGUGAAUGCCUUUAGCAAACUCACCCAGCUGCAAGUCCUCCGUCUGUAUGAGAAUGAGCUGCAGGACCUCCCAGAGGGACUGCUAGACAGUCAGGUGGAGCUGCUGGAACUCAACCUCCAGAGGAACAGGCUCAGGGCACUGCUACCCAUGCUUCUGAGGAGCCUGCCUCACCUGGAGAAACUCCUCUUGGACAACAACCUCAUCAGGGUUCUCCCACCUCAGGGCUUUUUUGGUUUAAACAAGCUGAAGUUGCUGACUCUGGGCUCAAACCAUAUUAUGGAGCUCCCCUGCUGCCUUUUUGACACCAUGCCACACUUGCGGGAGCUGGAUCUGGGCAGGAACAGUUUGGCCACACUUCCAGAGGGCAUUUUUGGCAACCUCACAUCCCUUGGCAAAAUCAUCUUGUCCCACAACCAGCUAUCAGCCCUGCCAAGAGGGGUUUUCACUGGGCUCAGCAAGCUCUUGGACCUCCAGCUGGACACCAAUCAGCUCUUUGCUCUGGAUGAAGAGGUCUUUGCUUCUCUCCCAAAUCUGAAAACACUCAACCUUCGAAAGAACCAGCUGGAGAGUGUUCCUCAAGGGCUCCUAGACCCUCUGGAGAAGCUCAGCUCAGUGUAUCUGAGUGGUAACCCGUGGAGAUGUGACUGCAACCUCUGCUACCUGCACCGCUGGAUCCUGGGCAACAAGGAGAAGGUCAAAUUAUCCUCCCAAGUCUCCUGCAAGAGCCCACCCCACCUGGCAGGGCAGGCAGUAACAUUGCUGAGGGAUGAACACCUGAUUUGCCCAGGCACUCUGCCGUUUAACUCCACAUCUUCACAAAGGACGUCAACAUUUCUGUCACGUGGACCCAUGUCCACAGCAGCACCAGCCAUGCUGUCACUGGCAUCCUUUCCCAUCAGGACACUGCCAACCACUCUUUCACCUGUGGUCACCUCUGCUGUGAUGCCAACCGUGCCAAUGGAGGCUGCCUUCACCACUCUGUCACCAGCCAAGCCAUCUGAGGUCUCUGUCACCAUCCCACCACCAGCUGUGCUGCAGAAAGCCUUCAGCACCAGCCCAUCAACAACCAAUAAGCCCAAGACCUCCACCACCACGCCAUCAACAAACAGUGUGAUGAAGUCCUUCAUCACCACACCAUCACCAGCUGUGCUACCAAAUGCCUUCAUCAGCACCUCAUCAUCAGCUGUGCUGCCAGACACCUCCAUUACCACCUCAUCACCAACCAUGCUGCCAAAGGCCUCCACUGCCACACCAUCAUCAUCAGCUGAGAUGCCCAAGGCUUCCAUCACCACCCCAUCAUCAGCUGUUUCAUCUUCAGCCAUUGUAAGGCUACAGUCUCCUGGGGCCACCCACCCAGAACCUGUGCCGUGCACUCCAGCUUCUGCCACCACACGGGUGCCAACAAGUUCACUGGCAGCCACCACCAGACAAGAGCCUCCUGCUCUCUCAGUGCCCAGGGAGAGGCCAGCCACCAUCCCACAGGGAGCACCCACAACCCCCCUUGUCUCAGCCUCCUCCAUGGCCCUCUGGCCAUUCCCCAGGACUGCUGCUCUGGGCACAGUCCCACUGGCCUCACAUUCACCAUCACACCAUGCUCCUGCACCAGGCAGGGAAUGGGGCUAUUCCACCACGUUUGACUUGUCCCAGCCCACCGCCAGUGCUCCCCAGCAGACUCCUGCCCCGGCAGGCACUGUCCUGCUCCCAGCACCCCCCAUCCCCACGCUACCAGACAGCAUGAGCCCCUCUCCAGCCUCCCCUCCCCUGACCCCCAGCAGUCAUCGUGCCUGGGGCUUGUCCCUGUGGACCAGCCCAUGGCAGUGCCAGGUGUCCCUGGCCUUGGGGCUGGCUGUGCUGGCACUGCAGGCAGCCUGCACACUGCUGGGGGGGGUGGUCGCCUUCCUUCUUCACCAGGACACCCGCCACCACCCCGACCCACCUGUGAGGCUGCUGAGCCUUCAGGCUCUGGCUGUUCCGGGGACCCCCGAGCCAGCCCCGGCACCACCUUGA